AUGCUCCAAGUUUCCAAUUUCUGUGUUCUGGGCGUAGGUUGGUGUCGUAAGCAUGUAUCUGCCUGUGUCAAUCCUCGGUUUGUGGCUUACGGCAAGAACAUCACAUCGAACAUUCUCGAGAGCGUGAAAUACGAAGGACAUGACGCGGCUGCUGUUAUGUUAGACAUAAUGCUUGUACUGAUCACACUUCACCUGCUGUUAAGUUUUGUUAUUGUGAUAAACCCAGUAUCGCAGUCUUUUGAGGAGUUUUUGAGCAUACCUCAAGGUUGGUUUAAAUACACCCAGGGUUAAUCUCAUUAAUUCAGCGGGAAGCAAGGGUUGCGAUGGACGUCUACCUAUUCCGUAAAAAAAACAUAGAAUCUAAUAUUUUACAGGGAAUGUGAUCAAGAUAGCUCUAGGGUCCACAGCUACGCUUAUAUAUCUAGGGGCGAAAUACGAGCGCUUUUUUUUUCUUGCUUCUUUCGUGUAAACUUAUCGGCGUCUUGCUUUCAUAAAACCCCCCAUCCACACAACGUUUUAAUGUUAGACACUUACUCUACCUUAAGUCAUUUUUCGGUCCUCUUUUCUAACAGGAUUUGGUGUCAAACGGUACCCCCUUCGCACCGCCAUUAUGUGUUUUAUUCUUGGCAUUGGCGAACUCAUCCCAACGUUUGGUCCCAUUCUGUCUCUUAUUGGAGGAUCCACAAUAACUGCAUUGACCUUUGUAUUUCCCUGUUUGUUUUAUUUGAGAAUUGAACGUAAUAUUCCUCUUCAUAUCAAGGUUUUCUUGUAUGAACUCAUAGCUGUUGGAAUUUUUGGUGGUGUGGCGUCCAACUACUCCGCAAUAAAUGACAUUCGAAAAGUAUUCAGUUAA